AUGCCUCUAGUUCUCGACUUCCUCACCCAAAUCCGUAAUUUCAUCCGCUCUCAAAAUGGCGACGAGCUCCGUGCAUGGCUCCAGGUAGAGCCCAACUCACCACAACAAUACCACAACCUCGCAGCCGAACUACGCUCUCAAUUCCGCCAACAAGGUCUCGACAAUGUCAUUGAGAAAUCGCUACCUCAAGAAGAUGACGUGCCGGAGGGUCAAGCGACCGUGUGGCCCGGCUUUGUCGCCUUUAUGAAAGACUACAUGGCCUUUUGGCGCGACGUGAAUUAUGAUGAUUUGUUGGGCGCGCAUCAGUUGUUGAGUGGUCUUGUCAACUCAUGUUCUACGGCUUUUGCUCAUCCUACAUACGGAGCCAUGCUUCUUAAGACGAGCAUGUCCUUGUCGGAAACUCUUGCCCGUCUCACAAUGUCUCUCAACAGACAGCCCGAGUUGGCGCGUCGUCUACGUGCCGUCGACGAAGACAAGACUAUUGCCGAGUCCUCAGCAGAGAUUAUUCAAAAGAUCUUCACUACUUGUUUAACAGACCGAUCUAGCGGUCGUUACGAUAAACCUGAAGGCAAGAAGGUUGGCGUUUACAUGUUUGCUAACCUUGUCCUCAAACUUCUCUUUGCGUGCCGGAGAACACAUCUUGCAAAGAUGAUCUUUGUCAACAUUUCUACCAUCUCUCCGCCUCUGUCACUCUAUCCAGCUGCCCAGCGCGUUACCUUUCUAUACUAUCUAGGCCGCUUUAACUUCUCUAACAAUCACUACCUCCGGGCUGCGUUAUGUCUCGAACAAGCAUACCUUCAGACUCCAUCGCAAUUGAUUUCACACCGAACCAACAUCCUCACAUAUCUGAUCCCCUGCAACAUGCUAUUAGGACGCUUUCCAUCUCAGGUGUUGCUCCAGCGCCAAGAAUGUCAGGGUCUGGCACCAGUCUUCUUUCCCAUCUGCCAGGCUAUUCGAUCUGGCAACUUUAUCCAGUUUCAACAUCACCUAGCACAACAUGAGGAUUGGCUUUUCGAAAAAGGUCUUUUGUUGACAUUGAGCAACCGUCUACGACCACUUCUCUGGCGCUCAUUGAGUCGAAAGACUUUUCUUCUCACAUACGUCCCACCAACAGACGCAUCAUCACGCAAAGCAGCAACUCUCGACCUAGCAGACCUUCACGCAGUCGCCACAUACACUCAACGCCGUCUGGAAGGCUGGGUACCAGCAGGACCCAACGGUCUCAACCGAUCUCAAAACGUCAACCCUCUUCUGAUGAGAGCUCUUGAGAACAAUGCUCAAAACCCAGAAGGUGACUCCACGCUAGUUCCGCCACCUGGUGGCCCCAAAUCUCUCCGGCCCAACGAGGGUAUGAUAUGGGGCAACGCAGAGGUCACGUCCGAAGACGUGGAGAUGACAGUCGCGACGCUCGUGCAGCAGGGUUCGAUGCACGGUUUCAUUGCUCAUGGAUCAGGACGAUUUGCUAUCAUUGGCGCUAAGGCCAAGGGAAGCCCUGUGCUUGCUGGCUGGCCCAAUGUGUGGCAGACAGUUCGUGAUAGGAGAUAUGAGGAUUACGACCCUGAUGAUGUACCCGGAUGGGUCAAGUAG